CUGUUACACAACUGUUUCCCGUCUCCAUUCUGCCCAUCUCUCCUUGCCGGCAUUUUCUCUUAGACAUUUCAUAUUUUAUUUUCUAAAUAAGGAACUUGGAAAUGAGUGGGGACCAUACCCACAACGAUUCCCAGAUCGAAUCUGGAUCUCGGGUUAAUGAUGCUCACAAACACAAAGAUAAACAUAAGGACAAAGAACACAGACACAAAGAUCACAAGAAGGAUAAGGACAGGGAGCGGUCCAAGUACAGCAACAGCGAACACAAGGACUCUGAAAAGAAGCACAGAGACAAAGACCGUGAGAAAAUGAAGCACAAAGACGGCAGCAUGGAAAGACACAAGGACAAAGAGAAGAGGAAAGAGGAGAAGAUCCGAUCCUUAGAUGGCAAGCCGAAGAAGGAGAAGGAGAACGGAUUUGCCAGCCCCCCUCGUAUCAAAUCUGAACCGGACAUUGACGCCUUCUACCCCUCUCCCAAACACGAAAGGUCACUGAAGCGCGAAAGAGACGAUGACGAUUCUGAAUUUAAACCCAAAAAAAUCAAGACUGAAAAUGACAAGAAGGCAAAGAAAAGGAAACAGGAGGAUGAAGAGGACAUAAAACCGAAAAAGAAGACAAAAGACAAGAAAGGUGAACUGACUGAUGGGAAAAAGAAGGCGAAGAAGGAGCCAGAGGAGAAGUGGAAAUGGUGGGAAGAGGAGAGGUACACAGAUGGCGUCAAAUGGAAGUUUCUGGAGCAUAAAGGCCCUGUCUUUGCUCCACCUUAUGAACCUCUGCCUAGCAACGUCAAGUUUUAUUAUGAUGGAAAACCCUUGAAGCUGAGUGAGAAAGCGGAGGAAGUGGCCACCUUCUUUGCCAAAAUGCUGGACCAUGAGUACACCACCAAGGAUAUCUUCCGCAAAAAUUUCUUCAAAGACUGGAGGAAGGAAAUGACAUCUGAAGAAAAGGGGAAGAUCACUGACCUGGGCAAGUGUGAUUUUACUGAAAUGAGCGAGUACUUCAAAGCCCAGUCAGAGGCCAAGAAGCAGAUGUCGAAAGAAGAGAAGCAGAAAAUCAAAGAGGAGAAUGAGCGCCUCCUGCAGGAGUAUGGUUUUUGCGUGAUGGACAACCACAAGGAGCGCAUCGCCAACUUCCGCAUCGAGCCCCCGGGGCUGUUCCGUGGGCGAGGGGACCACCCCAAGAUGGGCAUGCUGAAACGCCGCAUCCGCCCGGAGGACAUCAUCAUCAACUGCAGCAAGGACUCCAAACACCCCAAGCCUCCCCCAGGCACCAAGUGGAAGGAAGUGCGGCAUGACAACAAAGUGACGUGGCUGGUGUCCUGGACGGAGAACAUCCAGGGCUCCAUCAAGUACAUCAUGCUGAACCCCAGCUCCAGGAUCAAGGGCGAGAAGGACUGGCAGAAAUACGAGACGGCGCGCAGGCUGAAGAAGUGUGUGGACCGGAUUCGGUCUCAGUACCGGGACGACUGGAAGUCCAAAGAGAUGCGGAUCCGUCAGAGAUCGGUUGCCCUCUACUUCAUUGACAAGCUGGCCUUGAGAGCAGGAAACGAGAAAGAGGAGGGUGAGACGGCGGACACGGUCGGCUGUUGCUCUCUGAGGGUGGAGCACAUCCAGCUGUUCCCGGAAAAAGACGGACAGGAGUUCGUGGUGGAGUUUGACUUCCUGGGAAAGGACUCCAUCCGCUACUAUAACAAGGUUCCUGUGGAGAAGAGGGUCUUCAAGAAUCUGCAGCUGUUUAUGGAGAACAAGCAGCCAGAGGAUGACCUGUUUGACCGUCUUAAUACCUCCAUACUGAACAAGCACCUGCAGGAGCUGAUGGAUGGACUGACGGCCAAAGUGUUCCGUACUUACAAUGCCUCCAUCACCCUGCAGCAGCAGCUGAAGGAGCUGACCAGCCCUGAGGAGAACAUCCCAGCCAAGAUCCUGUCCUAUAACCGGGCCAACCGGGCUGUGGCCAUCCUGUGCAACCAUCAGAGAGCUCCGCCCAAGACCUUUGAGAAGUCCAUGCAGAACCUGCAGACCAAGAUCGAUGCCAAGAAAGACCAGCUUGCUGAUGCCAAGAGAGAGCUGAAGAGCGCCAAGGCAGACGCCAAAGUACGGAGAGACGAGAAGUCCAAAAAAGCGGUGGAAAGCAAGAAGAAGGCCGUGCAGAGGAUAGAGGAACAGCUGAUGAAGCUGGAGGUGCAGGCAACAGACCGUGAGGAGAACAAGCAGAUCGCUUUGGGCACCUCCAAGCUCAACUACCUGGACCCCCGCAUCUCGGUGGCCUGGUGCAAGAAGUGGGGCAUACCAGUUGAGAAAAUCUACAACAAAACCCAGCGGGAGAAGUUCGCCUGGGCCAUAGACAUGGCAGAUGAAGACUUUGAAUUUUAAACCCUGUUUGCGGUUUCAUUUUGUUUCCAUUUUAGUUUUUUUUUUUUUUUUUUUUUUUUUUUUUAUCUUUAGCAUAACUGAUUCCAGCCGGUGGUCGACCUGAAGAGGGCUGGACCAAUGGGAGAGGUGACGGUGGUAGGCCAGGGUCAGGUCGUGGGGGUGAUGGGUAUCAGGCAUGCUGGAGGCAGGUGGGGGACUUGGCUGCCUCCUGAGACAAUUCAGACUAACCACCCCCCACCCCUCCUACGAGCCCGACACCCAAAGCUACAGCAGUCUCCCAUGAACGAGGGACCAUACAGUGGCUCAAUGGUCUGACCCAAAAUGGGCAUACCCCCUCUGGCAAAGGGACCUGAUGCUGUUCCUGUGAACUUUGAACUCUGUGGUCCUGUAGCUACUGUAUUCAACAAAACUUUUAUCAUUUUACGAUUUUAUUCUCUUGGUCUGUUUUAGCCCUCCGGUUUAUUGAUGAAUUAUGUAUUUUAACAGAAAGGUGGUAAAUCAAAGAAUUCCUUAAAGUACACCUGCGCCUUUGUAAGGAAGCAAGAAGCAAGCCCAGUUGAGAGGAACCGACCGCAGAAGCUGUGUUUGCGUGAGCGUGUGACGUGUCAAAAAAGUUCAUUUUUAACUAGACUUUGAAUUGUGUGGAGUAAAAUCCAGAACAUGAGACAGGAUGCUGGGAAGGAAGAAAUGUUAAAACCAUGUUUAUAUUACUUUAGCAGAAAGAAUGUGAAUUUCUGUUUUGUUUUACAGUUUCUAUCAGGGACUUUUUUUUUCCUUCAAUGUAAAUGUGAACCGAUAUUUUUAUUUUUACUUUAAGUGUAUCGCCCAUGUCCUGUGAUCGUCUUUCCACAUAGUUCUGAGUCGCCAUUGAGUUUUAACUUAAUUUUAUUUCUAAUGACUUUUCCAAGAGGAAAAAAACUCCCGUAUCUGUUACUUGAAGAAAUUGCUAUUUUAAUGUACUGUGGGGUAGUAAUGGAAAGCCUUUUUCUUACAAAAGGUCAGAUAAAACCUUCUAGAGGGAUAUCAACUUUUGCCAAAAAAAUAAAAAAUGAAAUGUAUGUGACCAUUUUAGGCCAUUUAUUUUUUUGUAACUGUAAAGACUGAGGGAAAAAUGAACUAAUUUUAAUUAUGAAGUCUCAUGUUUUUCUCCUUACUUCCAUGUGGGUUUUAGGAGGGAACUUAGUAAGUAGGUGUGAAUCCUCCUUCCUUUGAAUAUCCUUUACCAGUUUCUCAACCUCUUCUG